GAGCAGGAGAGUACACAACAAGAUAGAAAGAUAAAUUCAACAAAGGAUUCAUACGGGGGUACAGUUACAGUAUAAAGGGCUCAAGGAGAACACUGGCCUCAACAGAAGCUCAGAAGGAUUUGGGGUUUUGGCCAUCAGAUCAAACAUGAAUCUUCCUCAAGUCUUCACAGCGCUGUUCAUUUUCUGUUUCUCAGCUUGUUCACAAGCGGACGAUGUGAGAAUUGUUGGAGGUCAGGAGGUCGAACCAUAUUCAAUCAAAUAUCAGGCCUCCCUGCAAACGGAAAAAGGGCAGCAUUACUGUGGUGCAACACUGGUGGCCCAACAGUGGGUGGUGUCUGCUGCACACUGCUGGAGACCGAACACGAUGAUGAGGGUGGUGCUGAGUGAGCACAACCUGCUGGUGGUAGAAGGAUUUGAGCAGAACUUCAAUGUCUCUAAAAUAUUUCUCCAGAAUUACAACUACAGGAACUAUGACAAUGACAUCAUGCUGAUCAAGCUGAGUCAGCCAGCAGUGUUGAACGCCAACGUGGUCCCAGUUAACCUCCCUGAUUCCACCACCCCCCCAUUGAGGGGGGACGUCUGCACAGUGAGCGGCUGGGGUGUGACCCAGGUUUAUAGUUACGAACUCUCCCCUGUGCUUCGAGCUGUGGAUGUGAGAGAAAUAUCUGUCUGUAACUGGUACUACUGGGGCAGAAUCACCAGUAACAUGCUGUGUGCUGGGUCUCCGUUUGGUGGCAAAGAUUCCUGCCAGGGUGACUCUGGUGGUCCCCUUGUCUGCAAUGGCAACUUUGAGGGCAUCGUUUCCUGGGGAAUCAGCUGCGCUAAUCCAUACUACCCAGGUGUCUACACCAAAGUCAGGCAGUACGUCGACUGGAUCAACUGGUUGAUUAAUGCGGACGUGUAAAAAAUCAGUUCUUAAUUACGUAAUUAAAUCAAUAUUUCACCUUUGAAUUUGUUUCUGGUACCCAAUGUAACAUGUAUGUGGCUCUAACUGUACUCCCCUGUGUGUUUAGUAUUUUCUAGAUAUAAAGGUUUCCUAAUAAUGAGUUCAAAUUCCAUAAUCCUUUCAUUUCACCUUUGAUUUUUCUAAAAGAAGAUCCAU